AAAGCAGAAUAAAAACGAAUCAUCUUCCCCCCAACUCACCAGCUGCCUACAACAACAACCACUUCUACCAAAAACACUUGACAGUCACAGAACAUGACCCAUCUCUGCAUUUCUGCAUCUCACUCACUCUCAGAUCUAUAACUAAAAGCUGCACCCAUUAAACUUACUCCAUUAUAAUUUAAUCACCUUGAAAAUCCCGCAAAAAAAGCUGCCAUUUUUUUGAAGAAAAGAAACUGGUGUUGCAGGACUAUGAUAUACAGAGUAUUAGCAAAGUGAAAUCCUAAUUAGUUUAGUAUACGUGGUAAAUUGAAUCUUUAGUUCGAUCAUGGGAAGCCGGCUUCUCGUUUUGUGUUUCUUGUUGGCGUGUAUUCCAUCAAUUUUGGCUCAUGAAAUUGCGGGUGCAAUUUUGGGUGUUGAUGGAGGUCAUGUUAUUGCUGAGACAGAUGAGAAUUAUGUCUGUGCUACUAUUGAUUGGUGGCCACAUAAUAAGUGCAACUAUGAUCAAUGUCCAUGGGGUUACUCUUCGAUCAUGAACCUGAAUUUAUCCCAUCCACACCUGGCUAAAGCUGUGCAAGCUUUCACUCAUUUGAGAGUAAGACUUGGAGGCUCCUUAGAAGAUCAAGUAGUGUAUGGUGUUCCGAGUUUGAAACUUCCUUGCCAUCCAUUUUGGAAACAUGAUGAUGGAUUGUUUGGAUUUUCGAGGGGAUGCUUGCACAUGGGUCGUUGGGAUGCCCUAAAUCACUUCUUUAGCCAGACAGGUGCAGUUGUUACCUUUGGCAUAAAUGCACUUUACGGCAGAAAAAAGUCCAAAAAUAGUGUUUGGAUUGGACCUUGGGACUCUAGCAAUGCAUAUGAUUUUAUGAAGUACACUAUCUCAAAGGGCUACCACAUUGAUUCAUGGGAAUUUGGUAACGAGCUGAGUGGAACCGGUGUUGCUGCAAGGGUUGAUGCUACUCGGUAUGGGAAAGACUUGAUCAAACUUAAUGGAAUCAUUGAUGAAUUGUAUAAAAAGUCGCCAUCAAAACCUUCACUUCUAGCACCAGGAGGAUUCUUCAGUGAGGAAUGGUUUUCUCAGCUUCUCAAGGCUACAGGGCCAGGAGUUAUUGAUGCUUUGACACAUCAUAUUUACAAUCUUGGUCCAGGUAAUGAUCCGAAUCUUAUGAAAAAGAUUACGAACCCUCAUUUCUUGAAUAACAUAACAGAAACAUUCAGUGUUCUGAAUAAAACAAUCCAUGAGCACGGUCCUUGGGCUCGUGCUUGGGUUGGUGAAGCUGGUGGUGCUUUUAACAGUGGAGGUCGUCUUGUUUCUGAUGCCUUUAUUGACGGCUUUUGGUACUUAGAUCAGCUUGGACUAGCUGCCACUUACAACACCAAAGUGUAUUGCCGGCAGGCAUUGAUUGGUGGAAAUUAUGGCCUCCUCGAUAAAACCACCUAUUUGCCUAACCCUGAUUACUACAGUGCACUUUUGUGGAAUCGGUUAAUGGGAAAGAAGGUCCUUUCUGUUAAUAAUGCAGCUUCACCUUAUUUGCGCUCAUAUGCCCAUUGUUCAAAAGGAAGGGCAGGUAUAACUCUACUCUUGAUCAAUCUAAGCAACACAACCAGUUUUAUUGUAAAACUGGAAAAUACAAUGAACAAAGAAGACUUGCAUGUAUCAAGUGAUGUAACCUCGAAAGAAGGUUCUUUCACAAAUGGUCUUAAGAAGACGGUUUCUUGGGUUGGAGGCAAAGCCUCGUUAUAUGGACGAUUGCACAGAGAAGAAUACCAUUUAACACCAAAAGACGGGAACCUACAGAGCCAAACUAUGGUAUUGAAUGGGAAACCUUUGCUGAUAUCGGAACAUGGUGACUUUCCUAGGUUGGAACCUGUUCUUGUUUCUGUAUAUUCUCCUCUAUACAUGUUCCCCUCGUCUAUUUCUUUCGUAGUCUUACCAUAUUUUGAUGCCCCAGCUUGCAAGUUUUGAUUCUUUUUCUGAUUUGGUUGCUUAAAGUGACCUGCAUUUAGUUUUCAUGAUUCAGAUUAGUUUCUUUCUGCUUUGAGCAGCUGUAAUUAAAUUGAUGAUCACAUUUUUAACGGAAUAAUUUAUACAUAGUAUAUGAUAAUAUCGAGUUUUGUGUU